CUGAAGUGUCGGCAGCGCGCAGCGAAGGGCCAGGUUAACCGCCGAGUGGCACUUAUAAUUGGUAUUCCGCCCUCUUGUCGCCCACGUGAAGUUGGACGAGGGCUGAGCUGAGCGCAACGCUGCAGAACGCGACCCGAAGGCAGCACCCGGCUGGAUGUGGCAGUGGGGAGAGUCGCAUCGCACCGGUCCCGGGUCAGAGUGGCGAGGGGGUGAGCAGCAGGGCGAUUCUUCCACCACCACCCUCUUCCUCCUCCUGUAGUGGAAUGACUCUGGUGAUAACAAGCAUGGGAUGAGCUUGGAUUGGGAUGCAAAGGUUAUCAACCGUUUGAAUUUCAGAAACACUUUCCCCUUCCACGUCCGUGGGGGGGGGGGGGGGGGGGACGAGCCGCCGGUCUGAGCAUCUGCAACAGUGCACGGGAAACUGGAGGCUUCCUGCUCCCAGUCAACUAGCCAGCAAACAAGCGUCAUCAGUUACUUAACUUAAAAUAUCUUGGCAAAACCGCAAGCAACCAUCCUUUAACGAUUUGUGAAGUGGUGGAGUAGACGGCUAUCGUUCAUGGUUUUGUGAAUGUAUGUGUGAGGGGGGACUAUCAGGAUUAUUCGCUCGAUGGUUUUCUGAACUUUGGUAAUUCUUCACUCUCCGACUGGACUUUAACUAGCAGUGAUUUUCAGAACUGCCGGCACAACAAUUUUUACAGCAGAAAUUAAAAAAUUUUAAACGAAACUGCAUCAUAAAAUCAAAUACGCAGCAGAAAGGAGUCACUGACAAAUUAAACCACGAACUGACCUGCGUCACAGGUAGGAGUUCGCCUUUUUAUACCUUGUUGAAACAGGCCAUCCCAUGACCUCGCACUGUCAGGAAAAUUACAUCACUCCACCAUCACAAGAUCAUUACAUCAAGCCCAGCAGAGCGUCAAUUACAUCAUGGCCAUAUGACAGUCACAAGAUACCCACAGCUACAUCUUCUAACUGCCAGAGAGGAUGGUUAUGCAGACAACGCCACCAAGCUCUCUCUGAGUCUUGCAGUGUACAAACUGUCAGACCUCUUGGCAGAAUCUCAACUGUUCUGGGAAACUGCAGAUUAAAAAUGAGUGAUGCUACGCAGGAGUAGACGUGAGGCGUGAUGGUCCGAGUGAUGACGGGACAACAAAGAUUUAACUGCAGAGAGAAUGAUGGAUGCAAAAGAAAUGAGAGAAACGAGUGAUGACGUCUUGGACAGCAAACAAAUUACCAAGAUUAGAGAAUUGCUGAAGAACAUACACAGAUGUUUGACCUGAAAUUGCAGGUCAUUGCUUCCCCAACAGAUGUUUCAAGCAGCCUUCUGGGUUCCUUUCACUGUAGGUCGGAGUGGGACAGCUCUGAGAAAUUCAUGACCUACGUGCAAGUCUGACAGCAAAAUCCAGGCCAAGGUGAGAUGAGGCAAAGGAAUAACUCCAUUCACCUACACAAGAGAGAGAAUCAGGAGUUAUAAAAGCAGAACAUGAACUGGACAUUUCCUAUGUUUAAUUACCAAUGCAGUUGAUGAAUCGCAGGCUCCAAUAUCAGUGAGGCAAUGAAAAUUAUCGCUGAUGUAUGAAGAAGAACUCAUCUGAUUGCGUUGACUGAUGUUUUGAGUUGCUUUGAUGCAGACUAUUUCACUUUUUACAGAAGAACCCAGAAAAUGACUUAAACUGCAUCAGUUUUCAACUCUAUACAAUGGAGAUGUGGCUCUUCUUUAGUUCUACAAAGCUAAUCCUGGGCCAUAGAGAGUACAAAUCCACUUUCUACAACAACUGAAGCUGUUAGCCUAUGCCAGUACUGGAUAUAAUUUACCAGCGUCAACAUGCACCUCCUCAUCAGAUCUUUGCCAGCAUUGAGGAUGCAGCAUUUCUACUAAUUGAAGGUGAAUUAGAGAAGCCAGUGAUAGGACUGAAGCUGAGGAGCCAACAAGACAGCAGAUUAUCAUCCAUCCAGAUUUCACAGCCUGCAUAAUAUGCCCGUUGAAUAUGAGGGUGUCACUUGCAAGGCCAGCAUUUAAUGAUACCUCAUCCUUCAUUGCCAGUGAGAUGUUGGUGGUCAUUCAAGUGGCAGAGGAUAUAUGCAGUGUUGCUAUUAUUUGAAGAUGUUGUGGUAGUAUCUUCCAUCAGAAAUCUGGAGAUCCCACACAAACUUCAUGGAACCAACUGCUGUGCAGAGUGGAGGAACUGCAAGCAUAAGGAGAAGGAGAUUACACUAAUAACUUGAACUCAAGAAAACAAAUAUCCAAUAAAUUAUGAAUGUUGAACAAGAUGACAUUGCAUCCACAGCAGAUGAUGAUAGGUCCAAAGUUUAACAGGGCGAUACUCGACCCUUUAUUUGUGCUGCUGUUGGCUCUACAACUCCUUGUAGUGGCUGGUUUGGUCCGAGCGCAGACUUGCCCUUCCGUCUGCUCCUGUAGCAACCAGUUCAGUAAAGUGAUCUGUACGCGACGGAACUUGAGAGAAGUGCCGGAUAGCAUCUCCAUUAACACACGCUACCUGAACCUGCAAGAAAACAGAGUCCAAGUAAUCAAAGCUGACAGCUUCAAGCAUUUAAGGCACCUGGAGAUUCUACAGUUAAGUAAGAACCACAUCCGGCAGAUUGAGGUUGGAGCCUUCAAUGGCCUGACAAAUCUCAACACUCUGGAGCUAUUUGACAACCGCCUUUCCACCAUCCCCAGCGGAGCUUUUGAGUACCUAUCCAAACUGAAAGAGCUGUGGUUGAGGAAUAAUCCCAUUGAAAGUAUACAAUCGUAUGCUUUCAGUCGAAUUCCUUCUCUAAGGAGAUUAGAUUUAGGUGAGCUGAAAAGACUUGAAUAUAUCUCAGACAGAGCCUUUGAAGGUUUGUCAAAUCUAAGAUAUCUGAACCUUGGUAUGUGUAAUCUUCGGGAAAUCCCAAACCUCAUGCCUCUGAUAAAAUUGGAGGAACUGGAACUAUCAGGGAAUCGGCUUUCGUUAAUCCGACCAGGCUCCUUUCAGGGUUUAACUAACCUGCAGAAGCUGUGGAUGAUGCAUGCUCAGAUCCAGGUGAUUGAGAGGAAUGCCUUCGAUGACCUUCAGUCACUAAUAGAGCUUAACUUGGCACACAAUAACCUGACUCUGCUGCCUCAUGACCUCUUCACACCCCUUCAUCACCUAGAGCGGGUCCACUUGCAUCACAACCCAUGGAACUGCAAUUGCGAUAUCUUGUGGCUGAGCUGGUGGCUGAAGGAGAUUGUACCCUCCAACACAACAUGUUGCGCUCGUUGUCACGCUCCCCCUAGUUUAAAAGGGAAUUACAUUGGAGAACUGGACCAGAACAAAUUCAACUGCUAUGCUCCAGUAAUUGUAGAGGCUCCCACCGAUCUCAAUCUGACCGAGGGAAUGGCUGCAGAGUUGAAAUGUCGAGCCUCCACCUCCAUGACCUCAGUGAGUUGGAUUACUCCCAAUGGCACAAUUAUGACUCAUGGAGCAUAUAAAGUUCGUAUUUCUGUGCUGAACGAUGGCACGUUAAAUUUCACAAAUGUGACUGCGGAGGACACGGGAUUGUAUACAUGUCUGGUGAGCAACUCUGCAGGAAAUACAACAGCUUCAGCCACUCUGAAUGUGACUGCUACAGAAAACAGCACUUUCACUUAUUUUACAACUGUUACAGUGGAGACUAUGGAGCCAUCUGUACAGGUGCACACGACGGAUGAUAAAUUUAGGCCUACACCUUUCAGCGAGUGGGAUACAACAUUUGUAACGACCUCCUUGACUCCUCGGAGCACAAAGUCAACAGAAAAGACAAUCACUGUUGCUAUUACAGAUGCAGGAGAAAAUCUCAUACCUGGCUUGGAUGAGGUGAUGAAAACUACAAAGAUUAUUAUUGGUUGCUUUGUUGCCAUCACACUAAUGGCAGCAGUGAUGUUAAUCAUUUUUUACAAAAUGCGCAAACAGCAUCACCACCAGAAUCACCAUGCUCCCACCAGGACCAUCGAGAUCAUCAAUGCGGAAGAUGACAUCGCAGGAAGUACUGCUGUGGAGAGUCACCUGACCAUGCCCACGAUAGAGCAUGAGUAUAUGAACCAUUAUAACUCGUAUAAAGCUCCUUUCAACCACACUACCACAGUAAACACAAUUAACUCACUACACAGCUCUGUGCAUGAACCAUUAUUGAUGCCAAUGAACUCGAAAGACAAUGUGCAAGAGACACAAAUAUGAGGGGGGGGGGG